UGCCUCCCAUUGCUGUGUCCCUUCCAAGCCCUGUUAAUGGCAAAAAAUGGCCAUCCUCUCCCCCGCCCUGAGGCAGCCUGUCUCAGGCUCUCCCACCGCUACCCACCAACCCCCCUCCCAUCUGGGGAAUGACUCAGGGCAACAAUUUCCCACCUAAGCGAGGGCAAAGGGCCGCAGAUAAAAUGGGUGGGGAUAUGGCCCAACUCGGAUGAGAAUUUAAACGGACGUUUGAGGAGGAGAGAAAAUGGGGCAAAAUCGGCCAAAGGUCAGAGGCGCGAGAGCAGGGGGUCUGCCUGGAGCCCUUCCCCCACCGCCUGCCCUUCUCCCUGGGCACGGCCUGCCUCCGGGCAGAGCUCAGUCCACGCCGUUGCGCCCUCUCUCCCCCCUUCCUCCCAUCGCUGCUUAUUGUCCUCUCCCCCCACCCCACGGGCCCGCUCUCUUUCCCCGCCCCGCUCCUCCCCACUUUAACGGCCCUGCGGAUCCGAGCUGGGUGCAAAGCCAGGGCAGCGGCUUCACUGAGGCUAACCCAGCUCCGACCUUGCCCGCGGGAGCACGAACACUUACCGGGGAGAAGAUCCCGGGGCCGCGAGCUCCCAGAGCCAGACACUCACCCACCUGCCGCUCCCAGCGCUGUCCCGGAGGCCUCUGCGCUGGAGUCUCCGGCUCAGGGGCUGGAGUCGGCAGAGCCCGAGGCGAGUUCCCGCUGGAGAAACGCCAGGCUGGGGCACAGGAGGCUUUAAUGCAGGUCCCCGACCCGGGGAAGCAGCAGCGGCUCAGCCCAGGCUCCCAGAUCACACGGAAGCAGCAGCGUCCUGGGCAGAGCUACGCAGUAUCGACCUGCCUUUGUCCUCCCCGGCUCCUGCUCUCAGCUGCUGCAGCCCCUUCCUGUGCCCUCAGCACCAGCCCGGAUGUAGCAGCGCUGACUGGGCCAGGGGGCUCUCUCCGGCUGGAGGCCCAAGACAAGAAAAAGGGCACCGUUAAGGAGACCGCGGAGGAAGGGUCCAAGCUGCAAGCAGCCAUGAACUAUAAAACUACGUCUCUAGCAUGAAGAAAGAUAUCUGGAACUGGGAAGCUGCCACCUGGACACCAUCAAAUUAGGCCUGAAUAAAAACUGGGAGUGGAUGGAUCAUUACAAAAACUAAUUUCCCCAUACUAAUUUCCCCCUACCAUUACUCACACCUUCUUGUCAACUG